AUGACGCCCACGCCAGCGGUACGCGCUGUCGCCCGGGUCGCGUACCUCUCCUCCGACCUCUUCCUCUACUCUCGCCGUCCCCCGCCCCGCCCCGACGACUUCGCCGAGCUCCUCGCCCAAUUCUCCGCCGACGCCGCCGCCGACGCCGGCCACACCGCCGUCACUGCCCUUCCCUCCGGCGCCGAUCUCGGCCCCGCCCUUCUCCGCAGAGAGCAGCAAGGCGGCCGUCUGCAGUCGUACGUCGGCUACUCGAACGCGCAGUCUCUCGCCCAGCUCGUGCUCCAUCUCGUCGAGCUAUCCUCCACCGCGACCGUGCUCCAUGUCGCCGUGGACCACGAUCUCUCCGACGUCCUCGUGCUCCAGUCCACCCUUCCCUUCUGCCUGCACUCUCGCACCGCCCAGCAAGCCCACGACAACGCCCUCUUGGCUUCCCGCCUCGCCUUGCUCCAGUCCAAAGCCGUCCUGCACAUCUUCCAUCCUGGUCACCAGUCCGACCUCGUCGCAGAGAUCGCACAGCACGCCGUUCCCUCCUUCCUCUUCGCCGACAAGCCUGCCUCGAACGGUCAUACCAAUGGCCAUUCCAACGGCGUGAACGGCCCCCUCCAGCCUUCCUCUCUCUUCCACGCGUACGAAGCUGUUGCCCUCUCAACCGCCUCCUUGCUCCACCGUCCUGUCGGCCCGUUCACUCGCCAUGGCUCUGACGAUCCCCACACCGUCCUCAUUUCACUGGGCGCGCCACAGUUCGAUCUCGACGUCGAUGGUGUCGCGUUCAUCGAGGUCUCUCUGGUGAAGCCUUUCCCGGCUUCCCGCGUCCUCGAUGCUGUUCCCCCAUCUGCCAGACGCGUCCUCGUCCUUGAGCAGAUUCGCCGUUGGUCUAUCAAGUGGACUCCGCUCUACCUCGAACUCAUCAGCGCCGUCCAGCUCCUUGAGCCCGACCACCGUCCACUUGUGCAGAGCGGCGUUCUUGGCAAUAUCGACUCGGUCAAGCCUGCCGAUAUUCUCAAGUUGCUCGAGCAGGCCUCAUCCGCCCCACCUUCCACACGCUUGUCGCUCGGAGACCUAUCGACCACUGAGUCCUCACCUUCUGCCGAGGCGCCGCAUGUCCCCAAACACGAAGCCUCGUACACCAAGAUCCUCAGCCACCUCUUCGGUGACCGCCUCGAGAUUGCGAACUCUCCGGACCUCGUCGCUUCUCUUGGACAGCUGGCUACCAGCCCAGAAUUUACUGUGGGCCGUGUCCGCGGGGAACUCGAACAGCGCGCCGAACUCGUUGUAUCUGUACAAGACUUGCUCCAAGAUGUCGACACCCCCAUCGAGUUGCAUAACCUGCUGAGCAGCUGGAUAUUGGCCAAGGACGAUGGUCCCAAGAGUCGCCAGCUCGGAGACGACAUCGUGCGUGCCCUCGAAGACGACAAAAUCUCCCGUCCCGCUGCGAAGCAGGUACUGGCCCUGCGCGCACUGCUACCCGCUCGCUCGCGCUGGAUCAUCGGCUCGGACGCGUGGUCCUACGACCUCGGCUCGUCCGGCCUCCACCACGCCAUCGCCUCCAAGCUCAACAUCAACGUGUUCGUUCUCGACACACUCCCCUACUCCGCGCGCAAUGCCGGCGACCCGAGUCGCCGUAAGCAGGACGUCGGCCUGUACGCCAUGAACCAUGGGGACGUGUACGUUGCCAGUGUCGCGGUGUACUCAUCGUACUCGCAGGUUCUCCAGGCCAUCACGGAGGCGGACAAGUUCGAUGGACCCAGCGUCGUCCUGGCGUACCUACCCUACAAGACCGAAGAUGCCCCCGCGCUAGAGAUCCUCAAGGAGACGAAGCUUGCCGUCGACGCCGGGUACUGGCCUCUGUAUCGCUGGAACCCUGCCAAGGAGCUCGACGGGAAGGAGCCCUUUGCGCUCGAUUCGGACUCCAUCAAAAACGACCUGCAACGUUUCCUCGACCGCCAGAGCCACCUCUCGCAGCUUGUGCGCUCCGCACCCCAGCUCGCGAGCGAGCUCGUCGGCAGCUUGGGCGAGAGCUUAAAGCAGGCACGCAAGAACCGCGCGCAGCAAUCGUAUAGCGACCUCCUGACCGCAAUCGACGCGCCGCCCCUGCUCGUGCUGUACGCGUCCGACAGCGGGCGCACCGAGAAAAUGGCGAAGCGCCUCGCGCACCGCGGGAAGAUGCGUGGCCUGUCGACGACUGUCGCGGUCGUGGACACGGUCUCGAUCGACGACCUGGCGAAGGAAGAGUUUGUCGUGUUCCUCACGUCUGUGGCCGGCCAGGGCGAGUUCCCCCAAAACGGGCGGACGUUCGCCAAGGGUUUGAGCGCCCUCGCUGCGCGCGGCGAGAGGCCGCUCACGAGCCUCCGCUUCUCUGUCUUCGGCCUUGGAGAUAGUCAUUACUGGCCGCGUCUGGAGGAUGCGCAUUUCUACAACAAGGCGGGGAAGGAUCUCGAUACUCGCCUUGAGCAACUUGGCGGCCAACGCUUCGCGAAUCUGGGUCUGGGUGAUGACCAGGACGCGGACGGUCCAGAGACCGGGUACAAGCUCUGGGAGCCGCUGAUUUGGAAGACGUUGGGCGUAGAUACCAUCGAGGUGCUGGAGGCCGAGCCGCAGCCCAUCACCAACGAGCACAUCAAAGUCGCCUCGCAGUACCUCCGUGGGACGAUCACGGAAGGCCUCCAAGAUUUUAGCACCGGCGCUCUAGCGGAAAGCGACACCCAGCUGACGAAGUUCCAUGGUGUUUAUCAGCAGGACGACCGCGAUAUCCGCGACGAACGCCAGGCCCAGGGUGUCGAGCCUGCAUACAGCUUCAUGAUUCGGGUGCGGAUGCCCGGUGGCGUCUGUCGGGCAGACCAGUGGCUGGUGAUGGACCGGAUCGCAGACGAACACGGGUGCGGGACGUUCAAGAUCACUACGCGGCAGACCUUCCAGUACCAUGGUGUCAUUAAACGCCACCUUAAGCCUGCCAUCCAGGAUAUCAACAGGGCAUUGCUGGAUACCCUGGCCGCAUGCGGUGACGUUAAUCGAAAUGUCAUCGUGUCGGCGAUUCCUUCCUUGUCGAAGCUCCACGGGCAGGUGUACGAGUUUGCUAGGAGAGUCAGCGCGCAUCUCCUUCCUCGUACGACCGCAUACCACGAGAUCUGGCUGGACAAGAAGCUGGUCGCUGGCGAGGCACUGAAAGACGUGGAGCCAUUGUACGGCGAGUUCUAUUUGCCACGGAAGUUCAAAGUUGCCAUCGCCGUUCCGCCUACUAACGAUGUUGACCUUUUUGCCAACGACCUUGGCUUCAUCGCUAUCGUGGACAGCAAUGGUGAUCUCGAAGGGUUCAACGUCACUACCGGUGGCGGAAUGGGUGUCACUCACGGGAACAAGAAGACAUACCCACGCCUCGGUGACGUUAUCGGUUUUUGCACCGUUGAACAGGGUCGUGACGUCGCGGAGAAGGUUAUGCUCGUACAGCGCGACAAUGGCAACCGCGAGGAUCGUAAGAAUGCUCGUCUAAAAUACACCAUUGACAGGAUGGGCUUGGACAACUUCAAGGCUGAGGUCGAACGAAGACUAGGAUUUCACCUUCGACCCGCACGCCCUUACGCUUUCAACCGCAAUGUCGAUGACUUUGGCUGGACGUCCGGCGAAGAUGGCAAACAUCACUUCACCUGCUUCAUCGAGAAUGGGCGCAUCCAGGACGAGCCUGGACGUGACUUCAAAACCGGUCUGCGGGAGAUUGCCAAGGUCCACAAAGGCGCAUUCCGGAUGACUGCAAACCAGCAUCUGGUCAUCACUGAUGUCGACUCAGCCGACUUGCCCGUCAUUAAACAGCUAUUGGCACAGUACAAGUUGGAUAAUCUCUCUCACACCGCUUUGCGGUUAUCGUCCUCAGCAUGUGUCGCAUUCCCGACUUGCGGUCUGGCCAUGGCAGAAUCGGAAAGGUACCUGCCUCUCCUGAUCGACAAGGUGGAAGCAAUGUGCGAAGAAAAUGGCCUUCGCAAUGAUUCUAUCGUCAUGAGGAUGACAGGAUGUCCAAAUGGCUGCGCACGACCAUAUGUAGCAGAGGUCGCAUUCGUCGGCAAGGCCCCGGGCACGUACUCUAUGUUGCUGGGCGGUGGAUAUUACGGACAGCGACUGAACAAGAUUUACAGAGAAACUGUUACGGAGCCAGAGAUUCUAGCAAUCUUGAAGCCGAUGAUCAAACAUUACGCCCUUGAACGACACCGAGGCGAACACUUUGGGGACUUCGUGAUCAGAGCGGGGUACAUUUCUGCCACCACUUCCGGUAAAGCUUGGUACGAGAGAAUGGGCGGUGAGGGCCAGUAUCGCGAAGUUGUCUCAUGA